GAUGAUUAGCUGUGUUAUCAAACGGGAUUCCCAGAAAAGCAGAAUUCAUCCCUCCUAACUGAGUAGGACUGGCUGAGACUCCACCCUCCUUCUGUACAGGAGGAGACCGAGGCCAGAAAAUGAGGGGACCCUGUGCACAGGGAUGGCGUCAGUGAGCGUCACUGCUGCGUGCUAGUUCCCUUCACUCUGGGCGGUCGCUUGCCAUUUCAGCUCCUGCUGCUUGUCAGCGCAGAGGAAAUAGAAAUACCCUUGAGAAUCCCACAGAGCAGCAGAAAUCAUGGCUGUGUGAACUCUGAAAAGUGUCUGGGCCACUAAACCAAUUUUAAAAGGCAAAAAGUUUGGGCCAUUUGUUGGUGAUAAGAAAAAAAGAUCUCAGGUUAAGAAUAAUGUGUACAUGUGGGAGGUGUAUUACCCAAAUUUGGGAUGGAUGUGCAUUGAUGCCACCGAUCCAGAGAAGGGGAACUGGCUGCGAUACGUAAAUUGGGCUUGCUCCGGAGAAGAGCAAAAUUUAUUUCCGCUGGAAAUCAACAGGGCCAUUUACUAUAAAACUUUAAAGCCAAUCGCGCCGGGCGAGGAGCUCCUGGUCUGGUACAAUGGGGAAGACAACCCCGAGAUAGCAGCUGCGAUUGAGGAAGAGCGAGCCAGCGCCCGGAGCAAGCGGAGCUCCCCAAAAAGCAGGAAAGGGAAGAAAAAAUCCCAGGAAAAUAAAAACAAAGGAAACAAAACUGAAGACAUACAGCUGAAGACAAGUGAGCCAGAUUCCACUUCUGCCAACAUGAGAGAUUCCGCGGAAGGUUCCAAAGAAGAGGACGAGAAGCCUUCAGCUUCAGCAGCUGAGCAGACAGCCAUCCCUCAGGAGGCGGUCAGUCAGGAUGUGCUCCCCGAACUAGGAGCCCCUCCCCCAGCCUGCGAGCCACAGACAGAGCCGGACAAGAAGCUGGAAGCAACACACUGUGAGGCGAAUGACUUGGAGGAGGAGGAGGAGGAGGAAGAAGAGGAGGAGUUGGAAGAGGAGGAGGAGGGGGAGGAGGAGUUGGAAGAGGAGGGAGAAGAAGAAGCUGCCAUGCCAAAUGAAAGCUCGGUGACGGAGCCAGAAAUACGGUGUGAUGAGAAGCUAGAAGAUUUAUUAGAAGAACCAAAAAGGGCUUCAAAAGAAACUCUCGAAGACUCUCCAGAGGUUACACCUAUUAUUAAGAUUCGCAGAACUAAAGAUGAGGCCAAUGGAGAUGUAUUUGAAACAUUUAUGUUUCCAUGCCAGCAUUGUGAGAGGAAGUUUACAACCAAACAGGGGCUUGAACGGCACAUGCACAUACACAUAUCUACAGUCAACCACGCUUUCAAAUGCAAGUACUGCGGGAAAGCGUUCGGCACGCAGAUUAACCGGAGGCGGCACGAGCGGCGCCACGAGGCGGGGCUGAAGCGGAGACCCAGCCUAACACUACAGCCGCCAGGAGAGCCAGCGGACCCCAGAGUCUCUGGCGACAGCGGUACUCCAAAAGGCAGCUCGAAUGCUCCCGCUCUUGGGCAGGACUGUCUGACCUUGAAUUCAGAGAAAGCUUCCCAGGAAACGGUCACUUCUUCUGUUGUAGAAGAGAAUGGAGAAGUUAAAGAGCUUCAUCCGUGCAAAUAUUGUAAAAAGGUUUUUGGAACUCAUACGAACAUGAGACGGCAUCAGCGUCGAGUUCACGAGCGUCACCUGAUUCCCAAAGGUGUGCGGCGGAAAGGUGGCCUCCUGGGAGAGCCACAGCCUCCAGCCGAGCAGGCCCCGCCCGCCCAGAACGUCUACGUUCCCAGCACAGAGCCCGAGGAGGAGGGAGAGGUGGACGACGUGUACAUCAUGGACGUGUCUAGCAAUAUCUCUGAAAACUUAAAUUACUACAUUGAUGGCAAAAUUCAGACCAGCAGCAGCACUAGCAACUGUGACGUGAUUGAGAUGGAAUCCAGCUCGGCCGACUUGUACGGUAUCAAUUGUCUGCUGACUCCCGUUACAGUGGAAAUGCCUCAGACUGUAAAGACCACACAGGUCCCCGUAACAGAGGAUCUUCCCAAAGAGCCCGCCAGCAGCACAAACAGUGAGUCCAAGAAACGGAGAACCUCUAGUCCCCCCGUGUUACCCAAAAUUAAGGCCGAAGCAGAGCCUGACCCCAUCACCCCCUCGUGCUCCCUAAGUCUGCCUCUUAGCAUAUCCACUACAGAGGCCGUGUCCUUCCACAAAGAGAAAAGUGUGUAUUUGUCAUCGAAGCUCAAACAGCUCCUUCAGACCCAGGAUAAGCUCACUCCUGCCGCGGGGAUUCCGACGCCCGAGAUCCCCAAGUUAGGGCCUGUGUGUGUGUCCGCCCCCGCUUCCAUGCUGCCCGUGACCUCAAGCAGGUUCAAGAGGCGGACCAGCUCUCCCCCCAGUUCUCCACAGCACAGUCCCGCCCUCCGGGACUUUGGGAAGCAAAGCGAUGGUAAAGCAGUGUGGACUGAGGCGGUUCUAAGUUCCAAAAAGCCCAAGUUAGAAAGUCUUAGCAACUCUCCGGCGUGGAGUUCGUCCGGGAGGGACGAGAGAGACACCGUGAGCCCGCCGUGCUUUGAUGAUUACAAGGCACCCAAAGAGUGGGCCGCCAGCACCACGUUCAGCAAUGUGUGCAACCAGCAGCCUCUGGACUUGUCCAGCGGUGUCAAGCAGAAGGCUGAGGGGACCGGCAAGACUCCGGUCCCGUGGGAAUCCGUCUUAGACCUCAGCGUGCACAAAAAGCCUUGCAGUGACACCGAAGGCAAGGAAUUCAAGGACAGUGCCUUGGCGCAGCCAGCCUGCAGCGCUGCAAAGAAGAGGAAACCAGCCACCUGCAUGCUGCAAAAGGUUCUCCUUAACGACUACAGCGGUGUCGACGUGCCCACAGAAAGCCCGGCCGAUGUGGCCAGGAGCCCAAGCCCUUGUAAACCCCUGCGUCCCCAGCCAGAUGCUGCCCUCGGCGCUGACUCCAGUUCAUCUGCCCCUGCCGCUGAGUCCCCACCUGAGGUUUCUCCUUCCUCCCCUGCCCUUCAGACGCCCUCCCUUCCCUCCGGGCAGCUGCCUCCUCUCCUGAUCCCACCCCACCCCCCUUCCCCUCCGCCCUGUCCUCCUGUGCUGACUGUUGCCACACCGCCCCCUCCACUCCUUCCUACGGUGCCUCUCGCAGCCCCCUCUUCCGGCGCGUCUCCCCGUCCGUGUCCCUCCCCACUCUCAAAUGCCACUGCCCAGUCCCCGCUUCCAGUUCUUUCCCCGACGGUGUCUCCCUCGCCAUCACCCAUUCCUUCUGUGGAGCCUCUUACGUCUGCGGCUUCGCCGGGACCUCCCACACUUUCUUCAUCGUCUUCCUCCGCGUCAUCUUCAUCUUCAUUCUCUUCUUCCUCUUCCUCCUCUUCCCCUUCACCCCCACCUCUCUCAGCAGUUUCGUCGGUGGUUUCCUCGGGGGAUAAUCUGGAAGCUUCCCUCCCCAUGAUAUCUUUCAAACAGGAGGAGCUAGAGAAUGAAGACCUGAGAGCCAGGGAAGAACCCCAGUCUGCAGUAGAACAGGAUAUUGUUCAGGAAACAUUCAACAAAAACUUCGUCUGCAACGUCUGUGAAUCCCCUUUCCUUUCCAUUAAAGAUCUAACCAAGCAUUUAUCUGUUCAUGCUGAAGAAUGGCCCUUCAAAUGUGAAUUUUGUGUGCAGCUUUUUAAGGCUAAAACUGAUUUGUCAGAACAUCGCUUUUUGCUUCACGGAGUUGGGAAUAUCUUCGUGUGUUCAGUUUGUAAGAAAGAAUUUGCUUUUUUGUGCAAUUUGCAGCAGCACCAGCGAGAUCUCCAUCCAGAUACGGUGUGCACACACCACGAGUUUGAAAGUGGCACCCUGCGGCCGCAGAACUUCACAGAUCCCAGCAAGGCCCACGUCCAGCACAUGCACAGUUUGCCAGAAGACCCUUCAGAAACGUCGAAAGAGGAGGAGGAGGAGUUAAACGAUUCCUCCGAAGAGCUUUACACGACCAUCAAAAUAAUGGCUUCUGGAAUAAAGACGAAAGAUCCAGAUGUUCGGUUGGGUCUCAAUCAGCAUUACCCAAGCUUUAAGCCACCACCCUUUCAGUACCAUCACCGAAACCCCAUGGGUAUCGGGGCGACAGCCACAAACUUCACUACCCACAAUAUUCCGCAGACCUUUACUACCGCCAUUCGUUGCACGAAGUGUGGAAAAGGUGUUGACAACAUGCCUGAGUUACACAAACACAUCCUGGCGUGCGCGUCCGCUAGUGACAAGAAGAGGUACACCCCGAAGAAAAACCCAGUGCCACUGAAGCAAACCGUGCAACCCAGAAACGGUGUGCUGGUUCUAGAUAGCUCGGGGAAAAGCGCCUUCCGACGAAUGGGACAACCCAAAAGACUGAACUUCAGUGUGGAGCUCAGCAAGAUGGCCCCGAGUAAGCUCAAAUUAAACGCAUUGAAGAAGAAAAACCAGCUUGUCCAGAAAGCAAUCCUUCAAAAAAACAAAUCUGCAAAGCAGAAGGCCGACCUCAAAAAUGCGUCAGAGGCUGCCUCGCACAUCUGCCCGUACUGUAACAGAGAGUUCACCUACAUCGGAAGCCUGAACAAACACGCCGCUUUCAGCUGUCCCAAAAAGCCGCUUUCUCCUUCCAAAAAAAAAGCUUCCCACUCCUCCAAGAAAGGCGGACACUCGUCACCUGCAGGGAGCGACAGAAACAGUAGCAGCAGCCACCGCAGACGGACCGCGGAUGCGGAGAUUAAAAUGCAGAGCAUGCCGGCACCCCUGGGCAAGACCCGAGCGCGCAGCUCAGGCCCCACGCAGGGCCCGCUGCCCUCCUCUACCUUCAGGUCCAAGCAGAAUGUCAGAUUCGCAGCUUCGGUUAAGUCUAAAAAACCAGGCUCCUCUUUAAGGAACUCGAGCCCGAUAAGAGUGGCCAAAAUCACUCAGGUCGAGGGGAAAAAACCCAGAGCUGUGGCCAAGAAUCAUUCUGCCCAGCUCUCCAGCAAGGCGUCCCGGAGCCUGCACGUGAGGGUGCAGAAAAGCAAAGCCGUCCUGCAAAGCAAAGCCGCUUUGGCCAGUAAGAAAAGAACAGACCGGUUCAAUGUAAAAUCUAGAGAACGGAGUGGGGGGCCGAUCACCCGAAGCCUCCAGCUGGCAGCUGCUGCGGACCCGAGUGAAAACAGGAGGGAGGACAGCAGUGGCAAGCAGGAGCCAAAGGACGUCAGCUACAGUCUCCGCCUGGCAUCCCGAUGCCCUGCAACAGCCACCGCGUACAUCACCAGGCAGUGUAGGAGUGUCAAGGUCACAGCUGCGGCUCAGCUCCAAGGAUCCCUCUUCAAAGAGUAGAAGCUUCAUCUGCUUUCUGACAGCACCUGAAGUGACCCGGAAUCAGUGAAGCCAAAGGGAGUGGCCUUCUGCCCUGCAGGGAGCACCGACCUGUUCCAGUUCUGUGAGCCUGCGAGACAAAGGGAGGGAGUGCACGCGUAUGCGUGCAUGCGCGCGCGUUCUUCACGUGGGCGUUCCUAACCCCAGCGGGGCACGGAGGCCGCUGAUUCCACACCGUAGAUGACUUGGGUGCAGCCCCCAGGACUGUGUUCUGCAGCUCAGCCUUCCUGUGGGGGCUUGGGGGCCUCUCCUACUAUGCAAUUUUUCAAGAGCUCCUUGAUCCUGCUUUUUGCUUCUCGAGUUGUCCUUUAUCAUGGCGGGGACCUUGGUCAGGCCCAGGGGUCAGCUCCAGCCCUGUCCGAGGAUGGCCUCCUGGAGGCCGCCGAGCUCCCCUUCCAGUCACCCCGCUGCCCACCUCCCUCGCCCCCCACCAUCUCCAGGAAUCAGUAGCGUUCAGACUCUUGGGAGCCUCACUGACCGAUGCCCUUGGCCUGCUCACUUGGAAACCACCCUUCUCGGCCUGAGCAUCUGCGCUGCCCCCCAAGUCACUUCCAGGUUUGAAGUUGUAGUCAGUUCAUGUGCAUCCCGGAGAAAGCCCUCUGCCCAUUUAUAGAUCGGGUUCCACUCGGGGCAGAGGCAGGGGGUGGGACCUUGGUUGGGGGCAGGGGACGAUGUCCCAUGUGCUCCUUUGCCUCUCUUGGUGGGACCAUCAACACUUUUAAUGUCUGAGUUUCUCAAAUUAGCUGAAAAGGGAAACGAACAAACAGAAAUUAGGAGAUGAAAAAUAAGUCUGAGGAUUCAAAAGCAUAAGGGGAAGAAAAAGACAUUUCCAGAAGCCAUCAAUCACCUGCCAGGGAACAUUUCAGGUGGUUUCUGCCCUCUGGUGGGACAGUUCAUGCCUCGGAUAAACGGGUGAGCUGAGCUAGGAGUUGGGACCCAGUUCAGUGAGUGUCUCGGAUUUUGUGCCUUUAAAGGGGCAGAUCCCAGACAAGGAUGUCUGAGACCACUCUGGUGCUGUUUCCUCAGCUCCAUUGUCGCUAGUGAUAUGUCCAACCUAAAGUGGAAGGAGGGAACGGAGGAAGAUGAGUGGUCACACACAAACAAAGUGACUCCUUUUUUCAGGGCUACUGUGGUUAAUCUUGCAACACUGUAAAUAUGUACGUAGACACUUUUAAAAGCACGUAUUUAUGUCCCUGACUGUAAAUGCCCCAUUUUUAAAGUUUUAUAACUUGUGUUAUUUAAUUAAUCAGUCGACUGGUUGCAGUGUGGGCUCUGAUAGUGGUCCAGGAGAAAAUUCUUGUGAGAUCCUCACAUGGGCAGAAAAAUGCUGAUUGUUAUCCUCGUGUCACAGUUUUCCAAUUUCUCAUCCAGCUAUAAAAACCCUUGCUUGUUUUACAUUUUCGUUAACUGGAAGGAAUCCUUUUGCCCGCUCCUAAAACUAACCCUCACCAGCAUGAAAAUCUGUGGCUGUUCUUUAUCCUAACGAUACAAUUUUGUCCUAUAAAUGUUGACACGCGUGAACUGUACUCAGCGUCAUCAGUUCUUAGGGGUUUCCCCCUCUCAGCAGUGAGGAAGACUUAAUGAACCCCAAACUUCAAAAGUCACCUUCAGCCAAUGGCGAAUUCUGGAAAUGUUUUUUGUUUUUUUUUUUGAGGCAGGGCUGGAGGCCACUCAUCUUUUUUUUGCAUGUGCAAAUGUGCUGGUCUGCUUUCAACACUCUGAGACUGUCAGGAAAACUGCUCUGAAUGUUCCAGUCAUGAAAAGGGGGCGUGGUCUUCUAAAGAGUGGUGUUUCCAGGUCUGUGCUGGCUUUGGAGAGAGAGGGCUUGGAUCUUGGAGGACAGUUCUGUAUCUGCCAUGUGAAGAAAAUUAACAAUAAAAGUGUGAAGUGCGA